AUGGAAGCAACAGAAGGAUUGCGAAAGCAAGUGGAAGAACAGGGAAAUGUCGUGCGUGAACUGAAGACAAAUAAAGCCCCCAAAGAGGAGAUUUCUGCCGCGUUGAACAAGCUCUUCUCUCUUAAGACGGAGCUGAAGGAAGCGCAGCAGCUUGAGAUGGGAAAUUUGCUGGAAGAGAUCACCAAGCUGAAGAAUGAGAAUGGUGACGAAAACUUGAUUAAGGAGAAGGAGGCUCGCGUCGAGCAGCUCCAGAAGUUCCUUGAGCCUCAGGAAAAGGAAAAGAAGCAAAAGGAUAAGAAGGAGGCUGGACCCUCUAAGAAGGAUCUCCGAAAGCUGAAGAGAGCUGAGGAGCAGAGCCGCUCGGAGUCUGCCAUUGUGCCUGCCAACGAUAUGUUUGGAGACUAUCCUCUGUGCCAGUCUGCUGAGCGCACCGAGAGAAAGUGGACUCCUCUGGAGGAGAUUGAGAACCACAUCGGCGAAGAAGUUCUGAUUCGCGGCCGCGCCUUCAACGUCAACCACAAGGGCAAGUGCUGCUUCAUCAUUCUCCGCCAGCACGUGGACUCGGUGCAGUGCUGCCUGUUCCAGGGCGGCGCGAUCUCGAAGGCGAUGGUGAACUACGCGGGCAAAAUCCCCAAGGAGAGCAUUAUCGAUAUCUACGGAAUCGUCCAGAAGGUGGAGACGCCCAUCGAGUCCGCCACGUUCAAGAACGUGGAGAUCUCGGUGCAGAAAGUGUUCGUCGUGUCCCGUGUGAAGGUCGAGCUGCCCUUCCAGCUGGACUCUGCGAUGCGCACCGACGCGGAGAUCGCCGCCAACGAAGCGCUGGACGAGAAGGACCGCAAGUUCAUCACGGUGAAUCCCGAUACCCGUCUGGACUACCGCUGGAUCGACCUGCGAACGCCGUGCAACCAAGCGAUCGUCCGUCUGAGCAGCGCGGUGUGUCUGCUCUUCCGCGAGUACCUGCUGCAGAACGACUUCGUGGAGAUCCACACGCCCAAGAUCAAUCCCGGAACGUCGGAGGGCGGGUCGAACGUGUUCAAGCUGGACUAUUUCGGGUCGCAGGCGUGUCUGGCGCAGUCGCCGCAGCUGUACAAGCAGAUGACGACGGCGUGCGCGGAUUUCGAGCGCGUGUUCGAGAUCGGCCCCGUGUUCCGAGCGGAGAACUCCAACACCCACCGCCAUCUGACGGAGUUCGUGGGCCUGGACAUGGAGAUGACGAUCAAAGAGCAUUACUACGAGGCCGUGAACAUGAUUGCCAACAUGUUCGUGUACAUCUUCGAUGGCCUCAAUGCUCGCUUCGCCAAGGAGCUCAACGCUGUGCAGCAGCAGCAUCCCUUCACCCCGCUCGUCUACCCCAAGCAGACGCUCAUUCUCUCCUACUCUGAAGGCAUGCAGCUGCUGAUCGACAACGGAUUCGAUGUGGAUCCGAUGGGCGAUCUCAGCACGCCGAUGGAGAAGCAGCUCGGCCGUCUGGUCAAGGAGAAGUACAACACCGACUUCUACAUCCUCGACAAGUUCCCGCUCUCCAUCCGUCCCUUCUACACGAUGCCCGACCCCCACAAUCCCAAGCUCUCCAACUCCUACGAUAUCUUCAUUCGCGGAGAGGAAAUCGUGUCCGGUGCUCAGCGAAUCCACGAUCCCGAGCUCCUCGCCGAGCGAGCCAAGGCCUGCGGCAUUUCCAUCGAGUCGCUGCACGCCUAUCUCCAGUCCUUCUCGCACGGAGCCUACCCGCACGCGGGCUGCGGAAUCGGUCUGGAGCGUGUGGUGAUGCUCUUCCUGGGACUGCCCAACAUUCGCUACACCUCCAUGUUCCCUCGUGAUCCGAAGAGAUGCAAUCCUUUGAGUGUUUGUUAUCGAAAACAUGAGUAUUCCUCUGCAAAAAAGUCGUCUGCUUGCACCAGCUUGUCCACUUCCUCGCCUUCGCCAUCGGAGCCAUUUGGAUCCGCUUUCUCUGAGUCGGAAGAGCGCGCUUCUCGAGCUGCAGCCGUCUCGCGCAUUCGGUUCAGCAUCUCCAGCAUUUUGGGGAGAAUCGACUUGCGGUAUUUGACGUCGUUAGACACUGGUCUUAAAAAAAAAACAGCAAAAUGUACGAUGCUCCUGGCGAAGCUUGUCUUCUUCCUCUUUUGCUACUUUUGUAUACUCCAUGAUGUUCUUUUGACUAGAAUCAAAGCCUAG